UGCAGUGUUUCGUCGCGCCGUAUCAGCUGCUGAGGGCUUUCGAGAAAGUCAUGCUGCCGAAGAAGUACACGCCACCAGGAGCAAGGAGCAUCUCGGGAGAGUCUUCGUCACUGGUCCGCUGCUAUAACUGCAACUCGUUGGGCCACAUGGCAGUGGAUUGUCGCAAGCCCAAGCGUGAAAGAGGAGCAUGCUACGGAUGCGGCAGCAUGAACCACCAGAUAGCACAUUGCGGUGAACGGAAAGAUAAGACUGCCUCAUCGACUCAGGGAGCCCAAUAAGUUUUGUGAAGAUCUCGUGCCUCUCAAAUGGACACAAUAUUAAUCAAGUAGAUUUAAGUUCAUA